AUGCUCGUCCAAGAAACCACCCACGAUGUGCCCACCACAGCUGACGGCCAGGGGUCGAUGCGCAUUUAUGUUUUCCACCCCUCAAUCCCAGGCUACCCAAAGGCCCGCUUUCCCGGCGUGGUCAUUUUCAGCGAGAUCUACCAAGUGACCGGUCCCGUCGCACGCUUCGCCCGCCAAAUCGCAGGCCAAGGCUACAUCUGCGCUGCCCCAUCUAGCUACCACGAAUUUACAGGCCCCGAGCCUUUGAAGUACGAUGCCGAGGACACGGAUAAUGGCAACAAGUGGAAGAUCACCAAGAAACUCCCCGCCUACGACGAAGACGCCAGCCUCUGCGUCGACUACCUCCUUUCCCUGGACACCUGCAAUGGCCGCGUCGGCGCAACGGGCAUGUGUCUCGGUGGGCAUCUUGCGUACCGCUGCGCACUCGAUAGUCGCGUGAAGGCGGCAGUGUGCUACUUCGCGACGGACAUUCACAGCAAGACGCUGGCGCAGGGCAAAAAUGAUGAUAGUCUGCAGCGGGCGGGGGAUAUCAAGGGCGAGUUGUUGAUGAUCUUCGGCAAAAACGAUAACCACGUCCCGCCCGAAGGCCGCGAUUUGAUUCGCAAGACGUUGCAUGAGAAAGGGGUUUUAUUCGGGUUCUACGAGGUUGCUUGGGCUCAGCAUGCUUUUAUCCGUGAUGAGCUCAGCAAGGGCCGCUACGAUCCGGCGAUUACCAAGGUGUGCUUUGAGAUGAUGAUGGAGUUGUUCGGGCGCACGUUGAAGCUCGAUCUGGGCGAGCCUGAUGGGAAGAAGUUGGUUGUUGAGGAUGUCUGCUAG